AUGGGCUUUUGCUUGUCAUGCUGCAAGGGGAGGCCGAGGGAUGGCACCUAUGAGCCGGCGCUCGCUGACAAUGAGCGGGAAGCAGUUGCAGACUUGCUGCAGUACCUUGAGAAUAGAGGAGAAACGGAUUUCUUCAGCGGCGACCCUCUCCGAUCCUUGAGUACCCUCGUUUAUUCCGAAAAUGUCGACCUCCAACGCAGCGCAAGCUUAACGUUUGCUGAGAUCACGGAACGAGAUGUUAGGGAAGUCGAUCAGGACACGCUCGAGCCCAUCAUAGUCCUCCUACAGAGCCCAGACAUAGAAGUGCAACGGGCCGCGAGUGCCGCAUUAGGAAAUCUGGCGGUCAAUACCGAGAACAAGGUUGCGAUCGUUCAGCUGGGCGGAUUGUCACCUUUGAUACGGCAGAUGAUGUCGUCAAAUGUCGAGGUUCAAUGCAACGCGGUUGGAUGCAUCACCAAUUUAGCGACCCAUGAAGACAAUAAAGCUAAGAUUGCAAGAUCAGGGGCGUUGGGUCCUUUGACACGGCUAGCAAAAUCGAAAGACAUGAGAGUACAGAGAAACGCUACAGGAGCUCUACUUAAUAUGACACACUCAGAUGACAAUCGGCAACAGCUUGUCAACGCUGGUGCAAUACCUGUUCUUGUUCAGCUUCUUUCCUCUCCUGACGUGGACGUGCAGUACUACUGUACCACAGCACUUAGCAAUAUAGCAGUAGAUGCAGGCAACCGCAAACGUCUGGCCCAAAGCGAACCUCGCCUGGUACAGUCGCUUGUAAAUCUGAUGGAGUCGUCAUCACCGAAAGUGCAAUGCCAAGCAGCCUUAGCACUUCGUAAUUUGGCAUCAGAUGAAAAGUACCAGCUCGAGGUUGUCAAAGUCAAAGGCUUGCCGCCGCUCCUCCAUCUUCUUGAAUCAGCCUAUCUCCCCCUGAUACUUUCUGCAGUCGCCUGCAUUCGCAAUAUCUCCAUACACCCUAUGAAUGAGUCUCCGAUCAUAGACGCAGGCUUCUUGAAGCCUUUGGUAGAGCUCCUUGGCUCAACAGACAAUGAAGAGAUUCAGUGUCACGCCAUUUCCACUCUUCGAAAUCUAGCUGCCAGCUCGGACCGGAACAAACAGCUCGUACUUGACGCCGGUGCAGUUCAGAAAUGUAAGGACCUUGUGCUGCAGGUACCCCAAAGCGUGCAGUCGGAGAUGACAGCUGCAAUUGCUGUCCUUGCAUUGAGCGAUGAUUUGAAAAAGGAUCUGUUGAACUUGGGGGUGUUCGAUGUGUUGAUCCCUCUGACGACUUCCGACUCGAUUGAAGUGCAAGGCAAUAGCGCAGCAGCGCUUGGCAAUUUAUCCUCCAAAGUAGGCGAUUAUUCGGUCUUCCUCAAGAACUGGUCAGAGCCUAAUGGCGGCAUACAUGGCUACUUAUAUCGCUUCUUGGACAGCGGAGAUCCUACAUUCCAACACAUCGCGAUCUGGACGUUGUUGCAAUUGCUUGAAGCGGAGGACCCGAAUUUGGCGAGUCAUAUAUCAGAGGCAGAAGAUGUUUUGAAAAUGAUCAAAGCGAUAUCGGAAAGAAAUGUUGAGUCCGACGACGAGGGGGAAGACGGGGAAGGUGAAGUGGUUGCUUUGGCUCGACGGUCACUGGAACUCCUUGGGACUUCGGGCAAGGGAGACUCUCAACGAACGGGCACUACACUUGUUGAAGGGUAA